GCCCAUCUCACCGUCAUAUUUCGAUAGUAUGCUUGGAAACAAACGUCGCUUAGGACAACAGUCCCAUCGUCUGAAUUUUCGGUGUCACCGCACAUGCCGAAAACAAUCUCUCGAUUCCCAAGCUCUUGGGCAGUAUCGUAUCACACCCUCAAACUCUCCGGCACCGCCACACUCGACAUGUCCUCUCUUCAAACUACUCCAAAUUCGAUGAGCGCUGCCUAACUGCAAAAUCGAACCAAGCGGAACAUGCACGCAGUCGCAGAAGAGACUAGACUAGAAUGUAUUGGAUGUUCGUAUGCCCCUCGUACACAUUUCUUAUCAUCCAAGCACCCAAAGCCUCAUUUGCUUAGACACACUGGGCGUGCGUCGAGCUUAAGGACAUACUGGAACGCGUGGAAUAUGGAGAAUUUGGAGAUGGAUUAGCAC